AUGGCCACCCAAGCAAUGUCAGACCUGUCUCUCGACACCCGAGACACGCGCGCGAAAAUAAAAUCCAAAGCCAAGAAACCCGCCCCAGUAGCCGAUUCCUGGGAAGACGAAGACGUAGACGAAGAAGAGCCCUCGUCCAAGGAACCCGAUAUCGUACUCCCCCCCUCAUCUCCAUCCGUUGAGAAGAACGGUCUUAAAGUCGACGGUUCGGGAUUCAACGCUCCGCCGCCGACGCCGAUUUCUCCGUCGGUUUCGUCGACUUCGACGCCGCCUUGGCAGGGCCCGAUUUCGCCGAUUAGUGAGGAGGGUGGACGGAGGCCGGAGAAGACGGAUGCGGUGGCUAGACGGAUGAUUGCUAGUGCGUUGGGUGUGCGUGCUCCGCGACCUACGGAGGAGCAGCGUGCGUAUGAUCGUGCGGUUAGGGAGAAGGAGCGGAAGAGGCGUGAGGAGGAGAAAGAGGCUGAGAAGCGGAGGAAGGAGGAAGCGGAACGAGCUAAGGCUGCUAUUUGGGAAGAUUGA